AUAACACUCCGAGCGAAAGCGCUCGCUAUAAAAAUUAGGGUUUUCCCCCUUGCACUUUUCUCUCCUUAACCCCGCCGCACCUCACCCUUUGCCCCUCUCUCUCUCCCUCUCCCUCUCCCCCCAUCAACAAUGGCGGAACAGACGGAGAAAGCUUUCCUCAAGCAGCCAAAGGUUUUCCUUUGCUCCAAGAAGUCUGGGAAGGGGAAGAGGCCCGGUAAGGGUGGGAACCGCUUCUGGAAGAGCAUUGGCUUGGGAUUUAAGACACCCAGGGAAGCAAUUGAAGGUACAUAUAUUGACAAGAAAUGCCCAUUCACUGGGACUGUUUCCAUUAGAGGCCGCAUUUUAGCUGGAACAUGCCAUAGCGCCAAGAUGAACAGAACUAUUAUCGUUCGCAGAAACUACCUCCAUUUCGUGAAGAAGUAUCAAAGGUACGAGAAAAGGCAUUCCAACAUUCCGGCACACAUAUCCCCCUGCUUCCGUGUGAAGGAAGGCGAUCACGUGAUUAUCGGUCAAUGCAGGCCGUUGUCGAAGACUGUGAGGUUCAAUGUCUUGAAAGUCAUUCCUGCCGGAUCAACAGGUGGCGGCGGGAAGAAGGCUUUCACCGCAGCUUGAGGCCCGCGACGCAGCCAGAAUCGUUUUUCUCAUUUUGAGUUUUAGAGUUGAUUAAGUCUCUGAAUUUUCCUUUCAGCCAUAAGACUUUGCAGCUUAAAUCAGAUGUUUUUCACUUUGUGAUUUUGGAGUUAAUCAUUGGAGUACUUUGCCUUUUUGUAGCUGAGAUUGCACUUUGUUAUUCUGCUAUAUAAUAUUUCAUUUAGGCCAUUCAAGGCUUCUUUUUUUUUA